AUGAUCGGUUGGGUGAAGGAGUGGAUUGGCGAUCGAUAUUUAAAAUCCUAUGAUCGUAAGCUAUCCUAUGAUCAAUUACGUGAGGCUGUACGGGCUGCUUGGGAUGCGAUACCUACAACCUUCCUAGAUCAACAGAUUGAUCUAAUGCAGGCACGCUGUCAAGCUGCCAUUGAUGCACUGGGAGGAUAUACACCCUACUGA